AUGAGAGAUUUGGAUCCAGCUUUCCAAGGAGCUGGACAGAAAGCCGGUAUUGAGAUAUGGCGUAUAGAGAAUUUCCUCCCUGUCCCUCUUCCAACGUCUUCUAUUGGCAAGUUUUUCACCGGAGAUUCUUACAUAGUAUUGAAGACAACGGCGUUAAAGACAGGUGCAUUGCGCCAUGAUAUCCAUUACUGGCUUGGUAAAGACACCUCUCAGGAUGAAUCCGGGACUGCUGCAAUUAAGACGGUUGAAUUAGAUGCUGCUCUUGGAGGUCGUGCAGUUCAGUAUCGGGAAGUUCAAGGACACGAAACGGAGAAAUUCUUGUCUUACUUUAAGCCAUGCAUCAUACCUCAAGAAGGUGGAAUAGCUUCAGGUUUCAAACAUGUGGAAGCUGAAGAACAUGUGACCCGCUUGUUUGUUUGUAGAGGGAAACAUGUUGUCCAUGUGAAAGAGGUUGCAUUUGCUCGGAGUUCUUUGAACCAUGACGAUAUCUACAUUCUUGACACAAAGUCCAAGAUUUUCCAGUUCAAUGGAUCCAAUUCAAGUAUCCAAGAGAGGGCAAAAGCAUUGGAAGUGGUUCAGUAUAUCAAAGAUACUUACCAUGAUGGCACAUGUGAAGUUGCUACAGUUGAGGAUGGGAAACUUAUGGCUGAUGCUGACAGUGGAGAAUUUUGGGGUUUCUUUGGUGGGUUCGCUCCACUCCCUAGAAAAACAGCUAAUGCUGAAGACAAAACUUUCAGUUCCGAUAUCACAAAACUAUUUUGUGUGGAGAAAGGACAGGCAAAUCCCGUUGAAGGCGACUCGUUGAAGAGGGAGAUGCUGGAUACAAGCAAGUGUUACAUUCUUGAUUGUGGAUUCGAAGUGUUUGUUUGGAUGGGAAGAACCACUUCUCUUGAUGAUAGAAAAAUUGCGAGUGGAGCAGCAGAAGAAAUGAUCCGUUCGUCUGAACGACCCAAAUCACAAAUGAUCCGCAUAAUAGAAGGGUUUGAAACCGUGCCAUUCCGAUCAAAGUUUGAUGCGUGGCCUCAAGAAACUAAUACAACCGUGUCAGAGGAUGGUAGAGGAAAAGUUGCUGCACUUUUGCAACGCCAAGGAUUUAACGUGAGAGGCCUGAUGAAAGCUGCUCCGCCAAAAGAAGAGCUUCAAGCUUUCAUUGACUGCACGGGAAAUCUGCAGGUUUGGCGUGUGAAUGGUCAGGAAAAGGCUCUCCUUCCAGCUGCUGAUCACUCGAAAUUCUACAGUGGAGAUUGCUAUGUCUUCCAGUAUUCUUAUCCCGGGGAAGAAAAAGAAGAAAUUCUUAUAGGAACGUGGUUUGGCAAGCAAAGCGUGGAGGAAGAAAGAGCUUCUGCAGUCUCCAUGGCGAGCAAAAUGGUUGAGUCAAUGAAAUUUGUACCGGCUCAAGCUCGCAUCUAUGAAGGAAAGGAACCAGUUCAGUUCUUCGUUAUUAUGCAAAGCUUUAUCGUUUUCAAGGGUGGUGUUAGCAGUGGAUACAAGAAAUACAUAGCAGAGAAAGAAGUUGAUGAUGAUACAUACAAUGAGAAUGGUCUUGCUCUUUUCCGCAUUCAAGGGUCUGGUCCAGAAAAUAUGCAAGCUAUACAAGUUGGCCCGAUUGCUUCAUCGCUGAACUCCUCGUACUGUUACAUACUACAUAAUGAUUCUUCUGUCUAUACGUGGACUGGGAAUCAAGCAACCUCAACUGACCAUGAACUCGUCGAGAGACAGCUUGAUCUUAUUAAGCCAAACCUACAAACUAGAGCACAAAAGGAAGGAUCAGAAAUAGAACCGUUCUGGGAGUUGUUAGGAGGCAAAGCUGAAUAUCCGAGCCAAAAGCUCACAAAAGAACCCGAGAGUGACCCUCACUUGUUCUCCUGCACAUUCACAAAAGAAAUACUGAAGGUGACAGAGAUAUAUAACUUCACACAGGAUGACUUGAUGACCGAAGAUAUAUUUAUCUUAGACUGUCACUCAGAGAUCUUUGUUUGGGUUGGUCAAGAAGUACCCCCCAAGAACAAGCUGUUAGCUUUAACUAUUGGAGAGAAAUUCAUCGAGAAAGACUCUCUACUGGAAAGGUUAUCCCCUGAAGCCCCUAUAUAUGUGAUCAUGGAAGGUGGUGAGCCAGGUUUCUUCACCCGGUUUUUCACUCCUUGGGAUUCCUCAAAAUCCGGUAUGCAUGGAGACUCAUUCCAAAGAAAACUCAGAAUUGUCAAAAAUGGUGGAACUCCAGUUGUAGAUAAACCAAAGCGAAGAACUCCAGCUUCAUAUGGUGGCCGUGCCAGCGUUCCUGACAAGUCGCAGCAGCGGUCGAGAAGCAUGUCGUUUAGUCCAGACAGGGUUCGGGUCAGGGGAAGAUCUCCAGCGUUCAAUGCACUUGCAGCAACAUUUGAGAGCCAAAAUGCGAGAAACCUCUCAACUCCUCCCCCUGUAGUUAGAAAACUCUACCCGAGAUCUGUUACCCCUGAUUCCUCAAAGCUUGCUCCCAAGUCUACAGCCAUUGCUUCUCGUAGUGCCCUUUUCGAACAACAACUAAAAACACCUCCACAAGAACCUUCAAUUCCAAAAUCACUCAAAGCGAGCCCGAAGACACCGGAAUCUCCAGCUUCGGAAUCCAACUCAAAAGAAAAGGAAAAUGACAAGAAGUUGGAGAAAUCAAUGAGCAUCCGGAUAGAAUCUCUGACGAUUCAAGAAGAUGCUAAAGAAGGAGUCGAAGACGAAGAAGAUUUCCCAGUUCACCCAUACGACCGUCUCAAGACAACUUCUGCUGAUCCUGUCUCAGACAUUGAUGUAACAAGGAGAGAGGCUUACCUUUCACCAGAAGAGUUCAAGGAGAAGUUCGGUAUGGCGAAAGAAGCUUUCUACAAGCUGCCUAAAUGGAAACAGAACAAAUUCAAAAUGGCUGUUCAGCUCUUCUGA